AUGGAUACAACAAAUUUUGAAGAUAUUAGAAACGAAUGGAUUGAACAAGGACAAGGUCAUGUAUUUAAUUGGUUUGAUAAAUUAUCAAAUGAAGAGAAAUUAAAUUUUGAAAAUGAUAUUAGAAAAAUUAAUGUUAAAGAAGUCAAUAAAGAUUAUAAAAAUGUUCUUUUAAAUAAAGAUGAACAAAAAAUUAUGAAAUAUGAACAUUUUGAAAAUGUUAUGACAUUAAAUAAAAUUAAAGAACAAGAUAAAAAGAAAUGGGAAGAUAUUGGAUAUGAAUUAAUUAGUAAAGGUGAAGUUGCAGUAUUAUUAUUAGCGGGUGGACAAGCAACUAGAUUAGGUACAACAUUUCCAAAAGGAUUUUAUGAUGUUGGAUUACCAUCAAAGAAAUCAUUAUUUCAAUUACAAGCUGAAAGAAUCUAUAGAUUACAACAAUUGGUUAGUGAGAGAUAUAAUGGUAGCUAUGAUCAAGAUUCUAAACCAAUUCAAUGGUAUAUAAUGACAAGUGAAGCAACACAUUCAGAGACAAUUAAAUUCUUUGAGAAUAAGAAUUAUUUUGGUUUGAAAAAGAGUGCUUUCUUUUUCUUCUCACAAGCAAUGAUACCAUGUAUAACACCAGAGGAUGGUAAAAUCAUAUCAGAGAGUGGCUCAAAGUUAUCCCUAUCACCUAAUGGAAAUGGUGGCUUGUUUAAAGCACUCUCCACAAGUGGUGCAAUCGACGAUAUGCGUAAAAAGGGUAUCAAAUACGUCACUCAAUAUUGUGUGGAUAACAUCCUUAUCAAUAUGGCAGACCCCGUCUUUGUCGGAUACAUGCACGAUCAAUCAGCGGAUUGCGGUGCAAAGGUCGUGUCGAAAAGCGACCCAAAAGAACCAGUUGGCGUUAUGGCACUCAAUGGCGAUGGUAAACCAUUCGUAUUAGAGUAUAGCGAAAUCGAUGAACAAUCUAAAUUCAAAAAAGAUCAAAAUGGUCAAUUGGUUUUCAAUUAUGCUCAUAUUUGUAUCAAUGCUUUCUCUUUUGAUUUCUUGGAUAGAAUUGCAAAGAAUCAUUUGGACCAUUUGAAAUAUCAUGUUGCCUUCAAAAAAAUACCUUCAGCUCAUCCAAUUAGUGGUGAACGUCAAUCACCAUCCUCUCCAAAUGGUUGGAAAUUGGAGAAAUUCAUUUUCGAUGUUUUCCCAUUCUCAAAGAAAAUGGUUUGUUUAGAAAUUGAACGUUCAAAAGAAUUUUCACCACUUAAAAAUUGUGGUGGAAUGAAUUUACCAGAUUCACCUGAAACUUGUUUACGUGAUAUCUCAAAUCUUCAUAAAAGUUUUAUUGAAAAUUCUGGUGGUAAAAUAGAUUCUUCAAAUUCAACAAUUUGUGAAGUAUCACCUUUAGUUUCUUUAAAUGGUGAAAAUUUAAAAAAUUUUGUUAAUGAUAAAACUUUUAUUUUACCAAUUGAAAUUAAUCAAAAUUUAAAUAAUUAA